AUAACAUUGCUCUGCUGAACGCCAAAAGCGGAGCAUCCCAGAAGCCCGAGCUCAUUUCACCUCACGGACUAUGAAAAGCUGUACUGUGCUCCGGACUGUGUGUGCGCUCUGCAGCCUGCCAACCCCCACCAUACAACACGACUCCCAUGCUGGCAGGACCCCUGCAGUUUAGGCGCUCUCCUGCACCUGUUAUCUCGGCCAGGUGCUGUGGCAUGCAUUGACCCGUCAUAGAGAUCUGAGCGGGCACCGACACUGAACACAUGGCAGCCUGGGAGGUGUGCGGAGCUGUGCUCAUGGCAUGGGUGGCACUGGUAGUAGCGAGGGCACCCCUCAACUGCAAGGAAGUCAGAGCCACUUUCCAUACAUUGCAGCCCGGAGUCAGGUGGGUGCCGGAGUCACCUGUGUCAGGAUCAGAUCUCCAAGUCUGUGUCACAAAAACAUCAAGUUGCUGCUCCAAGAAAAUGGAGGACAGAUAUCAAGUGGCAUCCCGUGUAAACAUGGAGCAGCUCAUCCAGUCUGCUAGUGCCAAGUUAAAGUUCCUAAUCAUUCAAAAUGCGGCAAUAUUCCAAGAAGCAUUUGAAAUGGUAAUACGACAUGCAAGAAAUUACACAAACACAAUGUUCAAGAUGCAUUACCAGAACAUCUCGCUGAAAACCUUUAAGCUUGUUGGUGAAUUAUUCACAGACAUUUCACUGUAUGUCUUGGGAUCCGAUAUUAAUGUGAAUGAUAUGGUCAAUGAGUUUUUCGAUGGCUUGUUUCCGAUAGUCUAUAGCAGUUAUUUAAACACAGGGUUCAAAGAAUCUGUUGAAAAUGUAGAAUGUCUUCGUCUUGCCAGAAGGGACAUCAGUGCUUUUGGCCACUAUCCCAAAACAAUCAUGACCCAAGUGUCGAAAUCACUGCAAGCAUCUCGGGUUUUCCUGCAGUCCCUCAAUCUUGGCAUUGAAGUUAUCAAUACUACAGACUAUUUAAAGGUCAAUAAGGACUGUGGCAGGACUCUCCUGAAAAUGUGGUAUUGUUCUCAUUGUCAGGGCCAUUUGUUGGCACGGCCUUGUGCUGGAUAUUGUGGAACUGUUAUGCAAGGCUGUUUGGCUAGCGUGGGAGAAAUUGACCCUUACUGGAAUGAGUACAUUUCAUCGAUUGAGAGACUUGCCAAAGAAAUGCAUGGAAUUUAUGAUCUAGAACGUGUUCUGCUCAAUCUCUAUUCCCUCAUCCAAGAAGCCGUGGUACAUGUUGUAAAGAAUGGAGGAAAACUUUCCACUGCGGUUAUUAAACUGUGCGGUGUUUCAAAACCAAGGGUGAUGCGGUCAGCUCGCGAUGGAGUCGGCGUUCAUGUUAGUAAAAAGCUAUUCAAGGCCAACACAGACAAUGAGGAGACGCUAUCUGGAAAAAGGAGGGAGUUUAUAAUGAAGUUGAAAGCCUACAGUCACUUCUAUGGUAGCUUCCCUGCCCUUGUCUGUCGUCACAGCACAGUUGCUGAAAAUGACACCUCAUGCUGGAACGGACAGGAGAUUGUUGAGAAGUUCAAUCCUAACACAGUGAAAAAUGGCUUAAAGGUUCAAACAAGCAACCAAGAAGGGAAAGCCAGGAGUACUGAACCCGUAAUUAACCAGAUCAUUGAUAAAUUGAAUCACGUCAAUCAGCUUUUAAAGGGAAUGUCAACACAGCGUAGGAAAAACAAUGGAAGAACUGCAGAAGAUGAGGAAUCGCAAAGUGGUGAUUGCGAUGAUGAGGAUGCGUGUGAAGAUGGCUCAGGAAAAAGUGCCCUAAGAAUAAGGAAUCGGCUAAGGUUAAUACCAGAUUCGGACUAUGAUUUGGACAUGGACGAUGUUCCAUUUAAUAAGCAGAUGCGUAACCAGCAGGAUCAGCAUGGCAGAGACAUCACUCACUUCCAGUCUGGAAGCCACACCAUAAAGACUGUAUCAGCUACACUGCUUGUUUCUCUCACUGUCACCAUGUUAGGACUUGUCUCAGUGAUCUAACGCCCUUAUUUUAACCCCUCUUGUCCUACUAGUUCCAUUACCUUCCUGGCAACAUUUUCCAGUUUAUAACAUUUCCUGGCUCAUUGUAAAGUCUUCUCGAAGGAGAAUUGAAUUUUAUAGGAGUAAAUAAUAAUGUAUUAAUAAAGACAAUUUCUUUAUUCAAAGACUUUUUAAACAAAA